CUUUACUUCUCGUCUAAUCCACCGAUAAAACAAUACAGCAAGAGAGCCAAAAUUCACCGGCCCUGAAGUUGCCCUAUUCUCGUUUUCCUCCUCCUCACUUCGCUGCCGGUCACACUCACAGAUCCAAAGCUUUUAUACAGAAGUCAAGUAAAAAGAGGGAAAUGAAUGAGGUGAUGAUGGCGGCGGAUGCGAGCUCCUUGAGAGGGGCUGGAUCGACCUCUUUCGCAUCGUCUCCGUCCUCCAAUCUGCUUCCUAACAACCUUCCUCUCAUCUCGGCCUUCCUCGCCUUCGCUCUGGCUCAGUUCCUCAAAGUCUUCACCAAUUGGUUUAAAGAAAGGAGAUGGGAUUCUAAGAGGAUGAUUGGUUCAGGUGGUAUGCCGUCGUCACACUCUGCAACUGUGACAGCUCUUGCAGUUGCUACAGGUUUACAGGAUGGGACGGGAGGAUCAGCUUUUGCAAUUGCAGUUGUCUUGGCAUGUGUUGUGAUGUAUGAUGCAACAGGUGUCCGACUUCAUGCUGGUCGUCAAGCUGAAUUGCUGAAUCAAAUUGUAUGUGAGUUUCCUCCUGAACACCCUUUGGCUAGCGUGAGGCCUCUGCGUGAAUUACUUGGCCAUACUCCACUCCAGGUUGUGGCAGGUGCAUUAUUGGGAUUCAUAGUGGCUUUUCUAAUGCGAAAUUCUGGUUAGG